AAAGAAACGGACCCUAAUGCAAACGUAACUAACAUCUUUCUCUCUCCUCUGGUUUGGGGUUAGGUCUUCGUACUCGAACACCAAAUUUGUUUCAGUUUACAUUAGAUCGAUAUUUCUCUAAUCAGGGUUUAGCAAUUGAAAUUCGAUCGUGAAAGGCAAUGUUUUUGGUGGAUUGGUUUUAUGGGAUUCUAGCAUCGCUCGGGCUGUGGCAGAAGGAGGCCAAGAUCUUAUUCUUGGGGCUCGAUAACGCUGGCAAAACUACCUUGCUUCACAUGCUCAAAGAUGAGAGACUGGUCCAGCAUCAGCCCACACAGUACCCUACAUCAGAGGAGUUAAGUAUUGGGAAGAUCAAGUUUAAAGCAUUUGAUCUUGGGGGUCAUCAGAUUGCUCGCAGAGUUUGGAAAGAUUACUAUGCCCAGGUAGAUGCAGUGGUCUACUUGGUUGAUGCUUAUGACAAGGAAAGAUUUGCUGAGUCAAAAAAAGAGCUGGAUGCUCUACUAUCUGAUGAAUCUUUAGCCAAUGUCCCUUUCCUUAUCCUUGGGAACAAAAUAGAUAUUCCAUAUGCUGCCUCAGAAGAUGAGUUGCGUUUCCAUUUGGGCCUGGCUAACUUCACCACGGGCAAAGGUAAGGUAAAUUUGUCCGACUCAAAUGUCCGCCCCAUGGAGGUAUUCAUGUGCAGUAUUGUGAAGAAAAUGGGUUAUGGGGAUGGUUUCAAAUGGCUUUCCCAGUACAUCAAAUAGUCCGUUAGCAAGAAUGGUUUGGUAUCUCAUAAGUUUGUUUCUGUAGUUAUGAAUGAAUUGGAGGUGUUAGCGAAAUUGCAGUAUAUUUCAAUUUUUAUUUAUAUAAAAUGACUGGGAACCUCUGCCCCUUCUCCCACUUCAUGAUGUGCUGAGCUAAUUUCAGUUGAUUUGUGGGGAUUGAUGAAUUUUCAUAUUAAAAUUCAGGUGGUCCAAAUCAUUAUGCAAGCUGAAACUUUUUCGUACAUCUUCAUCUGCGGAAAAAAAAGA